AUGGAAAGAGUAGUGGUGGCCAUCUGGGGAAUGGGUGGCCUUGGCAAAACAACUCUUGCCAAGAAAGUUUCCAACGACACGGAUGUUCGGCACCACUUGCCGUGCUUGGGUUUAUGUAUCUCAAGAGGAAAAAGGUACUUGAUAGUACUUGAUGAUAUAUGGAACACCGAUGUUUGGCGCCGGUUGAGGUCAUAUUUUCCUGCAGAAUCAAAUAAGAGCAGAGUGUUGAUCACUACUCGCAGAGAAGAUAUUGCUGUGGAUGCUCAUUCAGAUUGCUAUAAACUUCAACUUCUGGGUGAAAAAGAAAGCUGGGAUCUGUUUCUCAACAAAGCAGGGAUUGCAGCACGGAAAAGUAGGAUCAUGGUGGAGGACGUGGGUGCUGGACCACUUCAGGAUCACCCCUUCAUGGUGGUGAACGUGGAGACGACGUGGGGUGAUAACAUUCUCCCACUUGGUCCACACCUUUAA